GUGAACACUGCCCCUCCCUCCCCCAGAGCUGGUUGAAGAGGUGAGUAUUUAUGACGUCCUGUGGGAGACCAGUGAGAGAGUAGCAGAUGAGAUCCUCGACUCAGCCUUCCUCAGAGGGAUGUAUUCCAGACGUCUGCCUGCCCGCUGCUAUGCUGACUUCUGCCACCAGGAGGUGCUAUACCUGGACAGAGUCAUCACCAUGCUGCGGGUGCUGAUCAGAACAGUCCAGGGUCCUCCAGACAUCAUGAUGUUUCUCCAGAGAACACAUCAACGCUACCAGGAGUCACUGAAGAAGGCCCAGAUCCAAACUCCACCACACCUGAACCUGUCCUCCAUCCAGCCCUCUGCAGCUGUGCGUCAGUACCUCCAGAGCUUCCAUGACAUUGUAAAUGAGGAGCCCAUUUACUGGCUGGUGUCUCUGCUGCCCAGAGCCCUGCUCAGACCUUACCUGGCACAGAACCUGCCCCUGGGAGAGAGGACCAGACCAGACCCCAGCCCCUGCCUCUACCCCUGGCUAAACCUCUUCCCCUGCCCCUGCUACCAGUGGGGGGGAGAGGACAUGAAGCCUGACCAGAGGAACCAGAAGGAUGAGUCUGGGACAUAUUACAGGCAUCUACUGGAGAAGUACCAGGAUGUGAUAGACGUCUAUAAGGCUGUCAACAUCUUCAGAGUCCAGAUGAUCAACGAGAAGUCUCUCUUCACCUCCAGCUGGUUUCCCACUGGUGACAAGGAGGAAGAGGAGGACCAACCCAACCUGUGGUCUGUGGAGUCUGGUCCUGACGUUAGGGUGAAGCUGUAGCAGUGCAGCUGUAGAAUACAGGGAGCUGAGUGUGUAAGGCUGUGUGUGUUGGCUUUCACACUGGGCAGGACUGUUCCUCUUGUCAGACAUAUUCCAAUAUUCCACUUUUAUGUUAGUAACUUCCCCCAAAUAUCUACUGUUUAAACUGUAUUAAU